GCAAUUUAGACGCAUGAAAGCCAGUGUACAUAGUAAUAUCAGAUUUAUCAGAUUAUAAGAUAACCUUUUUGAAGAUCGCGAAGUGGUGCAUCCAAUCGCGGCCGCUUGAAGUACAACUAUGCCUUCUGUAUCGAUUUGCCGAACGUUUUCAUCCGAUCUUUCUGCUUCUCUGAAUAUAGUACGCCUCAAAGAGUAGUUCGAGAUGGAUAGCCGCUGAUAAUUUCGUUCGGCUAACGCCUAACGGGUCUGACCGUGGGAGCCGCUCCAACUGUGAUUUGAUUGGACAGUUCUCGACAGGAUUUCGAACACUUCAUGUCCUUACUCCGUACCUCGCUGGCGCCAUGUCGCCGAAACAUCCUCCAAGCAGCAUAUAGAACAGUCUCUACGACCCCCAACACCAACUCUGCCCCCACCGUCAAUACAGAAUCAUCCGAAAUUGUUGCCCCUCCUCCAGCCCGCGAUGUCAUGACUGCAGAUGUAGUCAGCGGUGCUCCUCCGGAACUAAGACAUCGUUCAGUUCGCAUCUAUCAACCUACCCGUAAUACUAUGCAGAGCGGUCCAAACAAGGGUGACAGGUGGAGGAUUGAUUUCGAUGUUCUUCUGGGAGGAGGUCGUUGGGAGAAUCCGCUUAUGGGCUGGGCUAGUUCUGCCGAUUACAUGCAAGGAACCCGAGUCUCUUUCCGUUCCAAGGAAGAUGCAAUCCAUUUUGCGGAAAAGCAAGGCUGGGACUACUAUGUCCAACUUCCUGAGGUUAAGAGAAUACCACCAAAGAAUUACGCCGAGAACUACCUGUAUCGUAAGGACAAACUCCGUAUCAUGCGAACCAAAUAGAUUUUGGAAUGUAAUACAUCUCAACCAUUCGUUCCAAAUUAAAUCAGUUAAUCCAGUCAUGAUCAUUCAGCUACUUUCGUACCGACUCUGAUACCUUGUAAGCUGUUAGCUGAAAGACUGUGUAUUGGUACCUUCACAUAGACAAGCGUUUACACCCUAUCUAUCUAUCAACAAGAGAAAUUGUAACGCAUGACAAACUUGAGUUAGAAUAAAAUGAGGAAAUCCACAUCUAAUUCAAGAUGAGGAAGCGCGCGGAGUGCUAUAGUCGACUUCCGCAAAUAUAACAACCCGAUGCCAGGUUAGAAAGAGGUUUGGUCAAAAGACGACUUGUACACGAUAAUCAUGGGUC